CGCCGCCCGCCCCCACCGUCGCGUGUGCCCGCGUGUGCGCAGGGCAGGGCGGGCGACCCCGCUGCGGGCCCGAGGCCCAGCCGCGAGCGGCCGCCCGCGCCUCCCUCCUCCCCGUCCCGUCCCCCUCCGCGGGGCCUUCUAUAUGGGCCACCUUCUCUCGAAGGAGCCGCGUAACCGCCCGAGCCAGAAGAGGCCUCGCUGUUGCAGCUGGUGUCGCCGCCGGCGCCCUCUCCUCAGGCUGCCCCGCCGGACGCCGGCCAAGGCGCCUCCCCAGCCGGCGGCGCCCCGGAGCCGGGACUGCUUCUUCCGCGGGCCUUGCAUGCUCUGCUUCAUCGUGCACAGCCCCGGCGCGCCCGCCCCCGCCGGCCCAGAGGAGGAGCCGCCGCUCUCGCCGCCGCCGCGGGACGGGGCCUACGCCGCCGCCUCUCAGCACCUGGCGAGACGCUACGCGGCCCUGGCCGCCCAGGACUGCGCCGCCGCCGCCCGCCGCUUUCUGCUGUCCUCGGCCGCCGCUGCUGCCGCCGCCGCCGCCUCCGCUUCGUCGCCCGCCUCCUGCUGCAGAGAGCUGGGGUUGGCCGCGGCCGCCGCCUGGGAGCAGCAGGGCCGGAGCCUCUUCCUGGCCAGCGUGGGGCCCGUGCGCUUCCUGGGGCCGCCCGCCGCCUUGCAGCUCUUCCGGGGGCCGCCGCCGCCGCCGGCCGAGCCCCCCGCGGGCCCUGAGAUGGUGUGCAAGCGGAAGGGGGCCGGGGUCCCCGCCUGCACCCCUUGCAAGCAGCCCCGCUGUGGCGGAGGGGGCUGCGGCGGCGGGGGCGGCGGCGGGGGCGGGCCUGCGGGGGGAGGUGCCUCUCCGCCGCGGCCCCCCGACGCCGGCUGCUGCCAGGCCCCGGAGCAGCCAGCGCCGCAGCCGCUUUGCUCCCCGCCCUCGUCCCCACCUUCCGAAAGCGCCCCCAUCGAGGCCGGCGGGGACGCGGUCCGAGCCGGGGGCACCGCCCCCUCUUCCGCUCAGCAGCAGCUUGAAUGCGGCGACGCGAACGGUCAGGAGCUCCCCGAAAAUCCCUGCGACUGUCACAGGGAGCCGCCCCCCGAAACCCCAGACAUCAACCAGCUGCCGCCGUCCAUCCUGCUUAAGAUAUUUUCCAAUUUGUCCCUGGAUGAACGUUGCCUUUCUGCAUCAUUGGUUUGCAAGUAUUGGCGUGACCUUUGUUUAGAUUUCCAGUUUUGGAAGCAGUUGGAUCUUAGUAGUCGUCAACAGGUCACUGAUGAAUUAUUGGAAAAAAUUGCAUCAAGAAGUCAGAAUAUAAUAGAAAUCAACAUUUCUGAUUGUCGCAGUAUGUCUGACACUGGCGUUUGUGUUCUAGCAUUUAAGUGUCCUGGACUACUUAGGUAUACAGCGUACAGGUGUAAACAGCUUUCUGACACCUCUAUUAUUGCGGUUGCCUCUCACUGUCCUUUACUUCAAAAAGUACAUGUAGGCAACCAGGACAAACUUACUGAUGAAGGACUCAAACAGCUGGGAUCAAAGUGCAGAGAACUCAAAGAUAUUCAUUUUGGCCAGUGUUACAAGAUCUCAGAUGAAGGCAUGAUCGUCAUAGCAAAGGGCUGUCUGAAACUACAAAGAAUAUACAUGCAAGAAAACAAAUUAGUGACAGACCAGUCAGUGAAAGCAUUUGCUGAGCAUUGUCCUGAACUUCAGUAUGUUGGCUUCAUGGGUUGUUCAGUGACUUCUAAAGGAGUCAUCCACCUAACCAAGCUAAGAAAUCUUUCCAGCUUGGACCUACGUCACAUCACUGAAUUGGACAAUGAAACUGUGAUGGAAAUUGUCAAGAGGUGCAAAAAUCUUAGCUCUCUCAAUCUCUGUCUCAACUGGAUCAUAAAUGACAGGUGUGUGGAGGUCAUUGCAAAGGAAGGACGGAACCUAAAAGAACUGUAUUUGGUGUCCUGUAAAAUCACAGAUUAUGCAUUGAUAGCCAUUGGGCGAUACAGCAUGACAAUAGAGACCGUGGAUGUGGGGUGGUGUAAAGAAAUUACUGAUCAAGGAGCCACCCUGAUUGCACAAAGCAGCAAAUCUCUGAGAUAUCUGGGGCUGAUGAGAUGCGAUAAAGUGAAUGAAGUCACAGUUGAACAGCUGGUGCAGCAGUACCCCCACAUUACCUUCAGCACUGUCCUGCAGGACUGCAAGAGGACCUUGGAGAGAGCUUAUCAGAUGGGCUGGACCCCCAACAUGUCGGCUGCCUCCUCCUAAUGUGCAUGCCCAUAUAUGGGUUCACUUUGGUCGUUCAGCAGGGGCAGAGAAGUGUAGAUUUGAAAUGGGUGAUCUCUUGGAAAGGUUUUAACUAUCACCUGUCUGUGUCUGUACCAGUGUGUAUAUUUGUGUCUUGUUUGCCUACUGCAUAGCAUAAGUGCACUUGUUAUUUGUUCCCAGGUGAGCUGGCUUUUUUUCUUAAAAAUUGAAGAUUACAGAAGCCACAAAUCUUAGUUUUUAAGUGUAAAGGCUUAGUUCUUUAAACAGUAUUUUUAAUAGAAAGUCAAGGAAUUGGAUUAUUACUUUGAGCAUCUGAUUUCUGCCAUUUUUUAAAUGCCCCCCAAAAAAAGAAGUAUUUCUUUUUUGAUGAAUGGGGAUUGUGCACUUCUACAAGUCAGACUAGAAGGGAUGGUUUAUUAAUUGGAAGCCUGUGAAUUAGUGAUCUUCAAAAUUCCAAGCACAUGUGCACGUAUAUUUAUACUCUUGUGUACCUACCCUGCAGGUACACAGACACAUUAGGGUGGUUUCUUUGUAAACCACUUCCUGACAGUGGAGACUUCCUCCAGGCUACUGAGGGAACACAUCAUCUGCUCUGGCCCCACCUAACUCAGUGUGUCCAUGAUGGGCAGCUGUCUAUCUGGUGGGUGAUUUAGGGACUAGAAAGAAUAAAGCCUUUUGUAAAUUUUUUAUAUUGAUGAAACAAUCUGAACUCCCUUGGCCAGCUCACAGAAGUUAAUUACUCUACACAUACAUUCUGUUGAGUACUAAAUAUUUUAGUUAGUUUUACAUUAACAUUGUGUUAGCUUUUAUUUUGUGGAUAGCGAGUGAUUGGAAUAUAUCUUAAUGAUAUUUGGAGCUAAUCUGAGCAUUAUCCACAAUGAAGCCACCAAUGUGAUUAAUGGUGUGUAGUAUUUUAAUAGAUCUACAGAUCAUUUCAUUAUUUUGUUAAUUUUGAUAAUUAUGAAAGUAUGUUUCUGAUAUUUAAUAGACUGCUCAUGAGUGAAAUAUAAGAAAACAAUGUUUCUAUUGAAAUUUUUUCUUUUGCUUUGCUUUAGGUUUUAGAACAGGUUUUUUGAUAUGUGCAUGUUAACUUUUUUUUUUAAUAGUUUCUAUGCUACUGCAAAGAUCUAUUGCUAGCUACUGUAUGAGUUAAAAAGAAAAAUUAGAAAAUCUGUUCAUUAAGAUUCUGUUUACACUUGCCAGAAGUAUUUUUUAGUUGAAGAUUGCCAGCUUUCAGUUAAGACAGUAUCUAUCAGUAAAUGAAUAUACAUUUGAUUUCACACAUCUUUACAAUUAAUUCAUUGUAGGGACUCAGGCUCCAAUAAACUUUCCUGUGUCUGGAUUUAUAAUCAAGACUACAGGGAGCCUUUUUAAGCUAAAGAGUGAUUAUCUUUCAUAGUAGAAAUAAAAAUAAAGCCCUAAUUUGUGAAUUUGUUAUUUAUUCCUUCCUGAUAUGGACAUGUUAUUUUGUCUUUAACAGAAAUAACUGAGGUUUGAGUUCAUUUCUUAUAUAUCUGAAUAUUGUUAAAAUGUAAGAAACAAAAGAUAGCCUUACAUAUAAGUGUCAUUCAUGUAUUUGUACUGACUUCUUUUUGGUAAACAGCUGUUUCUUUUGAUUAUGUCAACAUAUUUCUGAUGUGGCAAUUUUUGUUUUAGUUCCAAUCACUUCAGAAAAUGUAGUCAGUAAACACUAAGAAUAUUUUCCCACGGCUAAAUAGAUUACUAAUUUAAUUUGAAGGGAGUAAAAUUUGUGUAACAAAAGACUUUAUCAUUAAUAAACUAUAUUUCUUCUUACACAGUGAACUAUGUCAUUUUCAUACCCAUUUCUCCACCACUGAAAAAUCUUACUUCACAACAUUUAAAUUGAAUUUUAACCCAAAACUAAUUUAUAAGACCGUAUGUAUAGUAAUAGUAGCUUCAGUGAAUAAAAAAUGUUUAAUUUUAUAUAUGUCACACUAUAUUUUAAAUAAUUUUAAAAGGGACAAAAGGGAAAACAAUCUAUGGCAUAGAUGGUAUAACUUCAGUUCAAAGUUGUAAUAAUCUUUGGAACAUUACAGUUGGGUUGUCAAAUGGUUUCACAGCAUAUAAUUGAUUUUUAAAAUGUCUCAUUGUUUUAAAGUACAGCACUAAAACAUGCUUUAGCUUGGGGUGGGGUGGGGUGGGGUGGGGACUGCACUUAUUCUCUAAAAUGUCAGCUAAUUCAGAAAGCCUGAUGCAACAUAACCUGGAAAACUGCUUUGGUACAUUUGUAGAAAUCUGCAGAAAUAUCGUAUCUAGCCUCAAAGCAUUAAUCUCAAAAAACAGCCAGGAAAAGCAUCACCCUGAGUGAUUCUGUGAUGGUUGUUGAAUGUGUUCUCAUUAGAUGCUUUAAAAUGAGGCUUGAAAUAAUUUUCUAGGCAAUAUAAUUUUUUGGUUUUGUUUUCUGUUUGCUUAGAAUGUCAUAAAUACAUGUGAACAUGUUUAAAGCAGGGCUUUUUAUCCUCUCCAAAAUGUCAACAGUAUUUUCAGAAUAAAACCUAUGAAAUACAUUGCUGUAGUGGAAAACUCGUUCUUUGUCUUUAAUGUCUUUUUGAGUGGAUAAAGAAAAUCACCCAGUUUGUAGUUUCUAUAUUUCUGUGAAUCUUUUGACCUUGCAAUGGGUUGCAAUAAAAGAGAAACAAAACACUGUAUCUUUUGUUUUAUUUUAGAAACAAUAAAUGGCCUCUCCAUUACUGAGUAUGACGCA